CAGUCCCGGGCAGCGGAGCCAAGUGGGCGCGGGGGGAGUGGCCGGGAGCCCGGCACCCACCGGCGCCCCGAAGCCUGGCUCUAAAGCGCCGCGCUCCGCGCCGUGCCCGCAGUGAGCGCGGGGAGCCAUGGCCGCCGCAGCUCAGUACCUGCCCCGCAGCACCGCCCUGCUGCACCCCGACUCCGACCGCCUGCACCAGGGCACCACCUACCGCGAGGUGCAGAAGAUGAUGCACCACGAGUACCUGCAGGGCUUGGCCAGCGGCUCCGGCCACCCCAUGAGCCUCACCCACCACCAGUGGCUGCCCAGCGCCGGCACCGACUGGGGCAGCGGCUCCCACCUGGGCCAGGCCGAGCACGGCAAGGGCAGCGUGCAGGGGGCGGGCCGGGAGGAGCUGCCCGGCGCCUUCCACCCCCGCUCCCACCUGGUGCACCAGCAGGCGCCCGGCAGCCACCCGGGCGCCUGGGCGCAGGGCAGCGGGCACCACCUGGCGCCCAUGUCCCCCACGUCCAGCAGCCACCAGCCGCUGCUCUACUCCCAGUCCGCCUACACGAACCUGAACGGCAUGCUGGGCCCCCAGGCGCCGGCCCUGCACCACGGCCUGCGGGACCCCCUGGGCCACGAGGAGGCGGCCGGGCUGCACGACCCCCAGCUGGAGGCCUCCCCGCAGCACCUGGGCCACCCGCAGGAGCACUCGGACGAGGACGCGCCCAGCUCCGACGACCUGGAGCAGUUCGCCAAGCAGUUCAAGCAGCGGCGGAUCAAACUGGGCUUCACCCAGGCGGACGUGGGCCUGGCCCUGGGCACCCUCUACGGGAACGUCUUCUCGCAGACCACCAUCUGCCGGUUCGAGGCGCUCCAGCUCAGCUUCAAGAACAUGUGCAAGCUCAAGCCCCUGCUCAACAAAUGGCUGGAGGAGACCGACUCCAGCACGGGCAGCCCCACCAACCUGGACAAGAUCGCGGCGCAGGGCCGCAAGCGCAAGAAGCGCACCUCCAUCGAGGUGGGCGUGAAGGGCGCCCUGGAGAACCACUUCCUCAAGUGCCCCAAGCCCUCGGCCCACGAGAUCACCUCGCUGGCGGACAGUCUGCAGCUGGAGAAGGAGGUGGUGCGGGUCUGGUUCUGCAACAGGCGGCAGAAGGAGAAGCGCAUGACGCCGGCCGGGGUCCCGCACCCGCCCAUGGAGGAUGUUUACGCGCAGGCGGAGACCUCGCCGCUGCACCACCCGCUGCAGAGCUCGGUGCAAUGACUGGGCGGCGGGGCCGGGGGCUGAGGGCGCCGGGCAGGGGCAGGGGCAGCGCUGGAGUUUACAGUGGGGGCCCAGGAGCGAGGGACUGUGGGCAGCAGGGACCAAGCCGGGCCCGGCCAGGGAGCCCGAACCCCGCCAGCGGCCCCUAGCCCCUGCCCGGCGGGAAGCCGCGCUCGGGACUUUGUUUCUGCCGCUUGGUUUCGGGCCCUGGAUGCCGAGACUCGCCGGGCGGCGCGUGGAAAACGCUCGUUAAUUUAUUCCUCAGACUGGUUCGCACCUGAAUUUGUCUCUAAUUUAACUCGCUGUAUUUAUUUGACUUCCAAAAAUACCGCGCGCUCCAGAGCCCCGCGGCUCUGCAAACGCCGCGAGAGGAGAACUAGCCAAAGGUUUGAGAUCUAAUUUAUUCUUCGUUUGCUCCCGUGUCACUGACACUGUCUGCGGGGGGAGCUCCGCGGCCCGGUCCCCCACCCCCGCUUCAGGCUGGGACGGGUCGGGGAGGGCCGAAGCUCCCCCCGCACCCACCGCGGGCCCCUGGACCGGUUCCGAUGGCACUUAUCUCCCCCUUCUCCUGGGGGGCUGCUGCGCUCCCCGUGCCCGGGGGCCCCGGACCGCCCCGUGGAGACUGCGGGCUCUUGGCUUCCCGGGGAGCGGGGAGUUUCCCCAGAGGGACAGGAGUGUCCCCGGCUCCCCACGCCCCGGGCCCGGCCCUGCGGGGCCUGGGAGGGACGCUGGGGAGCCGGAGGGGGGCGGGAGUUGCGGUCACUUCCCCGGCCCGGCUGUAAAUAUGUGAGAUAUGUACACACGUGUCCGCCGUCCCGGAUCCCCGCUCCUGCCCCAGCCGGUUUUUUACACGGACUGAUCCCGAGAGGCUAUUUUAAUAUUGUUUCCCGUCCCGUUUCUAUUUAUUUCUAACCGCGUUCGGCUCAUUCCGCAGCGUUGGGUUCGGAGGUUUGUUUUAUUUUUUAAUCGCAAAAAAUAUGUAGCCCGCGAAGUUACGUUUCUAUUUAUGUUUAUAGUAAAUAUUUUUAUUACGUACAUAAACCAUUCCCCCAGGAACCGGUCUCGUGUCGUCUUUGCAGGCUGCUGGAGUCAGCUCGGACCCUGCCCGCCCGGGGAGCUGGCGAGGGCUUGGAGUUAGGGGAGCUGGGUUGGGCACCAACCCCGGCCAGGGCCAGGGCCAGGAGGGGGCAGGGACACUCCCUUGUCCUGCAGCCCAAGCCAGGCGGAGCUGCCCGCUCCUUCAGUCCGGCCAAGGUGGGCUCCGUCGCUUCAGCGGACUUCUUUUUUUUUCCCCAUCCCCGUAGAAAGUUUGAGGCAAGUUGGGAUUUUCCUUUGCAAGGACUAUUCCCACCGCCUCGCCUGGCUCUGUAGGAACCAAGCCCCUGUUCCCAGCAGCAAGGGCGUCCCGUGCUCUCCCUGCAUGACAACGGGGCAGCUUCAGAGAGACCGGGACUGCAAUUGUUUAAACAAAGGCAAAUAAACUCCACUCGGGGCAGGGCACCUGCGGGACCCGGGCACCUGCCGGGCUGAUCGCUUGGCAUUUAAAGUUGUAGGGGAGAGCCGCUGAUUCCGCGUGGGGAAUUUAAUCCUAAAUCAUGAUUUCGGGUGUUCACUUUUGGUCCAAGGGGAAUGUGGCCCAUUUGAGAUUCAGAGUCCAUGUUUACUGGCUGCAUCCUUCUAAAAUCUUACAAGUCACAUCCCGUAACGGCCACGACUUAUAGGCAGCGUUUUGCCAAAAUUCUUCUCCAUUCUGCAGUGUGUGCCACUUGCUAUUGAUACUACAGGAGCUGUGGACUCCAUAAAUAGGUAAAUGUAAAAUCAAGAUCUUUAAACAAAUGUGUGGAAGCUCUUAAACUUACAAGGGUCUCUGGAGGAGAUGAGCUGUGCACAGGGAUCUCAGGAAAAGUAUAAAUCCUGUGCUGCAAUAUGUAUCACAUGCCCCCAGCUUCGGGGGAAGAAUCUGAUCUAGUUUGUUCUUCAUACGCUGCAUUUUUUCAGGGUUUUUUUUUUUCAUUCCAAAGGGUUCCCUAUACAGAAGGUAGAAUUACAAAAAAAAUGUCUUGCAAAUAUCUUCCCCAUCAUAUUCGCAGUUAGUGCAGUGAGAGAGAUGUGCAGAAAGGGCCAAAUGUGCCCGUGUUACCUGAGAGAGAAAGGGAAACCCGCCUUUGGUUUUUUGAAGCGGAAGCCACUGGUCUAGUAACGUACAUUUUACCUGAAAAAGGAGGAAAAAAAUUCUCCUUAUUUUUCAUUUAUCAGAGACUUAAAGCUGAACGUUCAUUAUUAAUUUAUUUUAGAAGUAAAAGACCUGUAAUUUUAUUUUCAGAUUCAGCUUUCUAAUUUUUUGUCCUGUUUAAUAUUAUCUUUGCUUUCAGAUCACUCAACCAUGUGAACAAUCUAUUACUCACCUUGUUUACAAUUGUUACAAAUACUGUUCACCAACAUUCACUAUUCCUGUUAAUUACACGUCUGGGAAACUCCAUCUUCAUGGCUUAGGCAUUUAUAUUGUGUGUCUGCACACACUUUUAUGUACACACGCAGAGCUUUAAAAUGUAUAAUACCAGUGAAAAUAGCAUACAUUGUAUUUGGGGUGCUAGGAUAGUCCACUGAGAUUAAUAUGCCUUUUUGGAAUAUAAAAUACAAGCAGAAAAUGUUUUUUAAAGAAUUUUCUCACCUUACAUUACUGAAAAUAAUAAAUAUGCAACAAUGUAAUACAAGAAAAUUCCAUCUUAGCACUCAAGCUGUGCUCUCAUGGUUUUUGAUGUCAUCAGAUCCUUCUAUAUAGUAUCCCAUCCUAAUAUUUAUGCCUAUACCAGGGUCUAGAGAAUACUUACUUAUUUCAUUCUCUGUAUUUCUAGAAGAAUUAACUUGUAUCUUUUUUAAGUCUGCUUUCUCUCAGAAUUUGUGAGGAAAAGUCACAUAAGUGGAUUCUUUUCACUUUCACAGAUCUUUUGUUUCCAGCAGCAUUUGUAUGUUGAGAGAACUUUUGAAGCCUGUGUCUGUGGAACUCACACACUGGAGAAAUGUUUAAUUGCAUAAAGUGGGUAAAAUGUCAGAUACUUAAUUUGCUAGAAAACUUCCUAUCCAUAGUCUAUAAUAUUUGACACAUUGCUUCUUGACUCUGGAUACAUUUUACAUUUUGUGAAACAGCGGGUGUAAAGGGAAUUUUUGUUGAUGAUCGGGCAUUACUGUAUGUCAGUUCACAGAAUUAUUUUUUUAGGUGUGAAUAAUGCAGUUUGCACCCAACAUGAAAAAUCUUCUGUUUUCUACAAAAAUCUUCUGCUUGGUUUUAUUGUAUUUUUGUGCCUUCAGUGUUUUGUUUGCAAAUGCAUUAUUGCUCAGGCAAAUGUCACAAUCAGCCAUGUUACUAUAAAUUAAUUAUCCUAUUUUCUCUGUCACUUUCAAAAAUGUAGUUAUUGUGUAGUGGCUAAUACAAAGGAUAUUAAUAGCUACAGCUUUCCUACUCUUAUCAACUGUCUCUUUGGAUUUUUUUAAUUUAAAAAAGUCACGCGGGUGGACCAUUAUCAGACUAAAUAUCAUGUUUGACACCCAUAAGUUAGCACACCAGCAAAUGGGUUCACCUUGCAGUACAAAUAAGCUGGCAAACACUGCAGAAGACUACUAAUAACUCCUCUAUAGCAACAACAUAACACAAUAUUGUCUAAAAGAUUCAGCACACAUGAUUAAUAAAGCAUUUUGUCAGCUUUGAUUACAUGCUCAUGUUCUUAAUUUCUUUCUGCUUAUGUGACUGUUUCACAAAAAUGCAGGGACUUGAAGCUCAGCAACAUGAAAUGGGGUGUGGAAUUCUGAAUACAAAAAAUGUUUGUGUGUGUUUAUAAAUUUAGAAUUUGCUGAGCGUAUGCAAUGGAUUGGAUAGUGUACGCUCAUCAAAAAUAAAGUAACAAUAAUUAUAAAUGCAUGCAAACCAGGUUAUCAUCCAAAAUACAUUAUGAAACUAUGGAAACAUUUCCAAAUUUCAAAUCCUUUUAUGGCUUUUAUUUUUUCUCUGUUUCACACCCAGACACUUGCUUUUACUUUUUGUAACACUGAGGCCAUUUUUAGAAACCUUUUGGUGAUACCCAGUCAGUUUUUUUUUUUUAAGUCAUAAAGGAAAAGAAAGAGAUAAGUAAAAGAGAGAGAGAAACUCCCCUGUGUACUUGCGGGAAGUCUUUCCCGUUUGCAUUUGGGGAUUAACAGUACAGAAUUGAAGCCAGCGCCUGUGUAUAUCAGGAGCAAUUUCGAUAGUCUCUCUUCUUUUAACUAGCCUAUGUAGCAAACAGUAUGCCAUUGCUAUUUAAAAAAGAGGGGUCAAUUUUCACAUUUCAUUCCCAUAAUGGAUAAGAUGUGAAGUGAGUUCUGCUGAGGACGAACACCCUUGGGUUGUUUGGUUUGUCAGAAUAUAUCAGGCACUUGUAGCCCCACUGCAUUAGCGCUCUCAUGCUAUUGCACAGAAAAAAUAAAAGAUGCUUUAUUUGUGCAAUUCUAUAAUGCUCAAUCCUUUUAAAAACCAAAUACUCCAGGGUUUGCCUCGUUUAGAAGAACAGUUACUUUUCUCAGGCCAGGAGUAAAUAACAAUAUGGUGUUGGGGGAUUUUUGUGGAGGUGUUUUUGUUUUGGUUUUGGUUUUAUUUUUAGCCUCAAGUGUGUGUGUUAACAUGAGCAUUCAGUCUAUUACAUGGACAUAACAGGGGUAAAGAUGGGGAGGUAGUUUUAGUAGGUCAGAAAAAGUACAAUUGUGAGAACACUGUCCUCUACCACGAGGUAUAAAGGGAACUUAGACUCUGCUCCCAGGGGCAGUGGUUGGGCCCAGUACAUGCCCAGAAAACAGAAGGUGUUUGCAUUGCACCUGCAUUCAAAUUCAGUUCCAGUCUACAUAGGUUUGUCUACUGCGCCCAUCAGUGGUGCUGGAACUAGGGGGGCUGAGGGGCUGCCACACCUCCUGGCUUGAAGUAAUAAUAAAAAACACCAAAUACCUGGUUUCUAGCAGCAGCACCCCCACUAUACAAAUUGUUCCAGCCCCCCUGGUGCUCAUCACCGGACUAGUCAGGCUUUUAGUUAACAUGAAACUGCAUUAUGAGAAAUUCCCCAAUUCACCAAGGAAUCAAUCCUUGCGUUGGAACUCCAGGUUGUUUGGUUUCAGAGGAGUAAAGGCCUAAUGCAUCUUGCCUUCCUCACAGGCGUAGCCCCAGUGGGUGAAAGCCGGAGUAACGGGGCUCUGUGCUGCCAAGGGGUGGUAGGGCCGGGAGGUAAAUUCCAGUGGCUCACCCAGGGGCUGAAGUUGUAGCCACAAUCCCUCAGUGCCACUUGCCAGCUGGGACAGUUGGAGCCAAGUGAAUAUGUCCUGGUCACCAGCCCACCCCUUCCCCAGCCUUUGUGCUGCUCAAUGCACAGCAGUGCAGGGAGCCUGAUGAGCCAGGAGGGAAGGUCACGCUCGUCUGUGAGCGGAACAACCUGCCAUGAUUAUCUAGCCAGCGUGGAGGGGGAAGUGGUUCCCAAAAGCCGUUGCCCUAGAUAUUGUUACCAGAGAUUUCAGGGAGAGAGACGGGCUCUGUUCUGUGAGGCAGGGGAAAUUUUCAGCAGAGUGGUGCGUGUUUUCUCUUCUGUCUUUAAUAAGGUAGGAAACUGAUGGGAGAGCCUGCUGGUGACAAUGGAUGCUUUGCCCGCCUGCCUGUCUAGCCAAAGGUCAGGGGGCGUCAAGAACAACAUCAUCUUACUCAGGAUUCCUGUCUAAGAAUGUUAUGGCAGCAACCUGCAAAGGGAGGAAGACCUUGUCUGUGAGGAAUAAACCUGUCCUGUGCUAAUCACACGCAUACAGCCAGGGAAGUGACUGGAGAGUGUUGCAACACGGGGAAAUUUGCCUUAUUAGACACUCUUUGUUAUUGAUGCCACAGAAACCUAUAUUAUCUUAGCAACAGAGUCCUGCUAUGCCACUAACUGUAGGUCCUGCCUAGAUCCAGUGCACAAUGGGGCCUGAUCCUGCUAAGCUCUUGGUAGAACAAGCUGCCACUCGGCAAACUAAAGCAGCAGCAGUAGCAACAUAAUCCCUGCGUGGGUCAAUUCAGCCCUGGUAUGAAACUUUGAAGGAGUGAAUGACAGUUCCUCCACUGGCCCACUCCGGCUCCCAUUGAAGGAUUAGGCUGUGCGUGACUGAUUAUACAUUUAACUCUGUGUUAUUGAGGCAGUGGUUCUCAACCAGGGGGACGCGUACCCCUUGGGGUAUACAGAGGUCUUUCGGGAAUAUGACAACUCAUCUAGAUAUUUGCCUAGUUUUACAACAGGCUACAUAAAAAGCACUAGCAAAGUCAGUUCAAACUAAAAUUUCAUACAGACAA